CCCCACUUAAUCCCAUCCUGUCUGUUAAAAGGGCCCUAUAGUUGGAGGUGGGGGAGGUAGGAAGAGAGCCGAUCACUUGUGGACUAAGUUUGUUCACAUCCCCCUUCUCCAACCCCCUCAGUACAUCACCCUGGGGGAACAGGGUCCACUUGCUUCUGGGCCCACACAGUCCUGCAAUAUUGGGUAUAUAAGGCCAGGGCAAUAGAGGAGCAGGUUUUGAAGUGAAAGGCAGCACGGGCAGGCGAGUGGCCCCUAGUUCUGGGAGCAGAGCAUCAGCAUCCCAGUCCUAGUCCCCAGCCUAAAGCCUCGCCUGCCUGCCCAGUGCCAGGAUGGCUACCAUCACCUGCACUCGAUUCACAGAAGAGUACCAGCUCUUUGAGGAACUGGGAAAGGGAGCCUUCUCCGUGGUGCGCAGGUGUGUGAAGGUGCUGGCUGGCCAGGAGUAUGCUGCCAAGAUUAUCAACACCAAGAAGCUCUCAGCCAGAGAUCACCAGAAGCUGGAGCGUGAGGCCCGUAUCUGCCGCUUGUUGAAGCACCCCAAUAUCGUCCGACUCCAUGACAGCAUCUCCGAGGAGGGACACCACUACCUUAUCUUCGAUCUGGUCACUGGUGGGGAGCUGUUUGAAGACAUUGUGGCCCGGGAGUAUUACAGUGAGGCUGAUGCCAGCCACUGUAUCCAGCAGAUCCUGGAGGCUGUGCUGCACUGUCACCAGAUGGGUGUGGUGCAUCGCGACCUGAAGCCUGAGAAUCUGCUGCUGGCCUCGAAGCUCAAGGGUGCGGCUGUGAAGCUGGCAGACUUUGGCCUGGCCAUAGAGGUUGAGGGGGAGCAGCAGGCAUGGUUUGGGUUCGCAGGGACACCUGGAUACCUCUCCCCAGAAGUGCUGCGGAAGGACCCGUACGGGAAGCCCGUGGACCUGUGGGCCUGUGGCGUCAUCCUGUAUAUCUUGCUGGUUGGGUAUCCCCCGUUCUGGGACGAGGACCAGCACCGCCUGUACCAGCAGAUCAAAGCUGGUGCCUAUGAUUUCCCAUCACCAGAAUGGGACACCGUCACCCCGGAAGCCAAGGAUCUGAUCAAUAAGAUGCUGACCAUCAACCCAUCCAAACGCAUCACGGCUGCAGAGGCUCUCAAGCACCCAUGGAUCUCGCAUCGCUCCACCGUGGCCUCCUGCAUGCACAGACAGGAGACCGUGGACUGCCUGAAGAAGUUCAAUGCCCGGAGAAAACUGAAGGGAGCCAUCCUCACCACCAUGCUGGCCACCAGGAACUUCUCCGGAGGGAAGAGCGGAGGAAACAAGAAGAACGAUGGUGUGAAGAAAAGAAAGUCCAGUUCCAGCGUUCAGUUAAUGGAAUCAUCUGAGAGCACCAACACCACCAUUGAGGACGAAGACACCAAAGUGCGCAAACAGGAAAUUAUCAAAGUGACAGAGCAGCUGAUCGAAGCCAUAAGCAAUGGAGACUUUGAAUCCUACACGAAGAUGUGCGACCCUGGAAUGACAGCCUUUGAACCGGAGGCCCUGGGGAACCUGGUGGAGGGCCUGGACUUUCAUCGAUUCUAUUUUGAAAACCUGUGGUCCCGGAACAGCAAGCCCGUGCACACCACUAUCCUGAACCCUCACAUCCACCUGAUGGGUGACGAAUCAGCCUGCAUCGCCUACAUCCGCAUCACUCAGUACCUGGAUGCAGGCGGCAUCCCCCGCACCGCCCAGUCAGAGGAGACCCGUGUCUGGCACCGCAGGGAUGGCAAAUGGCAGAUCGUCCACUUCCACAGAUCUGGGGCGCCCUCCGUCCUGCCCCAUUGAAGGACCAGGCCAGGGUCCCUGCGUUCUUGCUUCGCAGAGAUCCACUCUUUGUCCAUGGAAUAUGGCUGCUGGUUCUCCGUUGGAUUUUGCUGGAAUUCUCCCUGUCAUAUCACCCUACCGUUGCCACCUCUGUACUUGCAUCAUGAAAACCUGCUUGUUCACAGAAGCCCCCACGACAUCACAGAGAAUGGCCAGCUCUCCCCGGCUCCACUGCCCACGCUCUUCCUGCCUAUGGGGACCUUCUUCAGGCUUGAGUACCCAGGGUGCUGGCCCCAGGAACCCCCAAUCCCCUACCCACUGUUGUUGGCUUGGCCUAGCUUUGGCUAUAAAGGAGGAGGCCCCAACUGUGCGUUUGGCAGGAAGUGAGAAAGAGGCAGGCAAGUCGUGCCGAGGACCCCUCUCGUCAAUCCCUUCUGGGGUCCCCCAGGGAAGCACAGAUGAGCCCCUCAGUCUCCAAGCCAACUCCUUAUGAAGGAGAUGGAGAGAGGAGCCAACAUGAGGACCUGCUGCUCUCAUCUGCUCCCCUCUGUGCCGGCCUUGCUUUUGACCAGACCAUCCGUCACCGGGGAGGGGGUGGGCUCUACCGUCAGGUGCCCCACUCACCGCCUCAGCCCUUCUUCGAAGUUUGUCUCCAGUGUUGACC